GAAUUGGAGUCGCGCCUUUGGCUUCACCUGGUUGUUUACUCCUGACGAUGUUUGAUGUGACGGUUAAAACGUUAGAUGGUAGGGACUCAGUAUUUCAAGUGGAAGAUGAAAACAUGACCGUUGAGAGCUUCAAGAAAGAGAUAGAGGAAAGAUUGAAUAUAGCAUCAGACCAGCAACGUCUAAUAUUUCAGGGGAGAGUUCUGAACAAUGAGCAAACAUUGGCUGAAUGUGGUGUUCAAGGAAAAGUAGUACAUUUGGUUGUAAGACCUCCUCCGACUACUAGAGAAAACCAACCUACUGUCACUUCAACCAAUGAUUCGACAGCAAACAUAGGUGGUUCUGGUUUGGGCGGUUUCACCUUUGGAGGUAUAAGCAUGCAGCAGGCGAUACAGGAUAUUACCUCUGGAAUACUAAAUAGUGUGAACGAGCUCAGAGUUUCUAACAUACCUCUGUCGGGCGAGGCAGACUUAGUCGGUGAUCCUCCGAAUGAACAAGCUUUAAUAUCUUCGCGUGAAAAUACUUUUAACAAGUUACAUCGGCAGGCUACUCGUCUUGCACAGAAGAUAGCUCAAACAUCGUCUAGAGAUGUGUGUAAUUCUCAAGGUGGGAAAGAUAAACCGGCAGAUGCUAAUCUGACUCCAUCAACAUCAAAUAACACAAGUGUGUUUGCCGUUCAAAAACCCAAUGAUAAUGAUGAGACAACUUUCGCUCUUAAUGAUAUGAAAGACAGUAAGCAGGAAGACUGCAAACAGAAAGAAUCAUCACCUAUGAUGGUAGACACGGACGAACACGAAGAAGAGAACGCAAAUCGUGUUGACAAUGAUACUGAUGGUGAUGAAAGUAAGAAGACGAAAACUGAGGAUAAAAAUGUUGGAACUACAGAGGAGAAUCCAGCCAAUCCUCCACAAGAGCGUUCUUUGGCUAUGUUAGCAGACAUGCUCAGUAGAUAUUGUGAACUAUGGCGUUCAAUGGAACCAUAUUUAGACCAGUGGAGGCAAAUGUUGAUUGAUGAAAGCAAGGUUGUAGAGGUUGUAUAUGAAAAUGAUAUUACUGAUGAAGAGUGUAUUGGCGAGUCAUCAGGAAAUGUUCAAGUUCAAAGCAGUUCAAAUCAACCAGUAUCAAACUGGCGUCCACGGCUAUUCUCUCAAGUGAGUCGUUUAUUACACUUGAAUGCACAUAUGCUGCAUUUGAUGUCAGAUUUCGAUGUAAUAACUAUAACAGAACGUGAAACACAACAAGUGGAUAGUAACAUAUCUACAUCUCAACAGAAUAAUGUUCCACCUGAAUCAACAGCUACAACACCACCACCAACAACAACAACCACAGCAGCAGCAACAACACCAAUAAAGGAAUCUCAAAAAGAGGAUAGCGAAAAAAGAAAAGACCCAACUACUGAAGCUACACGCAAAGACUUGAAGUCUACGCCUCAGGCGAAUAAAACUCCCCAACAUGUAUUAAGUGUUCCUGAGAUGACUGAUAGACGCAGAAUAAGAGCACGCAUCAAUGUAGAGCCACCUGAUGUAACUAUUGUAGCGACAUCGACGGAUGAACAACCACGAUUAGUUCGAAGUGAACAUCCUACAAAUAGUGUUAAUUCAUCGUCUGCACGUUUUCGAAGUCGAUCAGCUUCAAACAUACGCCGUUCUAAUAAUUCACAAUCACAAAAUGUCCCUAUUGUAACAAGUUCAUCAGGUGUAGCCAAUUCUGCAGUGACGACUACACCGCUAGGAAAUGGGCGUACUGCUAUUAUUCAUCGAUUUGACAUUCCAAUUAUAUCAGUGAAUACAUUCAAUCUUCCAGCUGCACCAUUUUUAGCCUCUCUAUCUUCAUCAGCAACAUCGACAACCCAUACAACUGGGCCAACAUCAGUGUCUUCUACUACAACGCGUACACCAACCACUACUACUACUGAUUCACUACCAACUGGUCAUGCUGCUAAUGUAACUCUGCUUCCUCGUCCAACAUUACCGCCUCCUCCGACUCCUUCACUAUCGGUAAUCGAUUCAUCGAAUGAUCAAUUUCUGGUGUGCAGCUCGCGUCAUUUUACACAUGAAGUUAUACACAGAGUGGCAACCACUCAAGGAUUACUUGGACCACCGCCACUUACACCAAUACCUGAUGCUGGUAAUGUCAAUCGUCAAAAUCAGACACAAACAACUACAGCGAAUUCUACUGGUCGUAGUAAUACUGGUCAUACACUGCCUGGAUUUUCUACUCAUAUUCCAUUUUCUUUUGGAGAGUCUAUACCACCAACAAGUGUUCCAAAUAAUUCAUCUACAACAACAGCAAACACCGGCAGUACAGAAAGCAGAACACCUGGAGCAGCAACAUUCUCUUUCACUUCAGGGAUUAAUUUACCACAACAGCUUUUAUCGCUUGUUACUGCGGCUACAAAUGCUGCUGUCUCUGCUGUGAGCAGUGAUCAAUUCACUACUGGUGGUAUUGGUGCUUCUGGUACUUCACCAUUCAGUUUUCUUGUCUCCUCAUCACCAAUCCAAUUCACUGUAAAUGCAUCACCACAACAGCCUACAGCGACAACGAGAACAACAACAAGUGCCGCCACUGGUGCUGCUGCUGUGACAUCGAAUAGCACUUCUGCUUCUUCAGGUGCCAAUCAAGGAGUUGAUUCACGCGCUCAAACAACAACAACAGCAACCACGACGUCAGCAACACGUACAUCUUCAAAAGUCGUUUCUCGCGUCACACCGUCUUGGGCAACAGCUGAUGGAGUCGCUGAGCAGCAGUUACAACUUGAUGGAAUAUUUCGAAUAUUCAGUGUAAUUAUCGAUGGUCUUAUUAGAACUGUAUGGUCGAGGGUUUCUCAGUCUUCUGCAAAUCCAAUUCCUGCCUGUCAAUGUGUAACAGAUCAAAAUAGCAGCAGUACAUCACGUCAUCAAAAUAUAUCCGCUGGAUUAUUAAAUGAUAUUCUUAAUGCUGUUCGUGGUGAAGUUCACGCCUCCACAGAUACUGAUGUCUCUGGUCAUGUUACGGCAGCUGCAUUGGAUGGUUUACGUGAUCAUCUACAGCAUUUAUUAUUGUGUGCUGAUUCAGUGACAGGAAGCAAUCAAUCUGAACUAGUUAAUUCUCUAGUCAGUACUAUUUUUAGAGGUCGACUAUCAGAUGCUUGUCACAGUGAAUAUACAAUGUGGAUAAACAGUCUUGAUGAAAAUUCCUCUCAAAAAAUGAUUGAUGUUACUGCGUCGUUUGCUAAAUUAUGCAGGUACAUUAUUUCUUCUCAAUUGGAUUUAUGGAGAGCUAGUCCAACAAAUACUGGAUUCGGUAGUACCCUGUUAAUGACACUGAAAAUAGCCUGUACAGAUCUUCUCUGUUUAGCUGAUCUACUGACAACUCGUCUUGCAUCUAAUUUAAAAAUUGAAUUAUCAAAAACAUCUAAGGGUUCAGGAGAAUCUCGAAGUCAAAUAUUUGGCAUCGGGAUGGGUUUUGAAACAUUGAUGGAGCAUUGUAAUUCAUUUUUACAAGAUAUUGAAGAUGAUGAAUGCUUCGACUUAGGUCAUGAUUUUGUGACAGGUCUUAACAACUGCAUUCAAGCCUAUUGUGAUAUGGAUGAGGCUACAAUUCGUGCAAAAGUGGCACAUCAAGUAUCUGCGUAUAUCGAAUUCAGAAAACUACAAAUGCCUUCACCUAUGCUGGUUGAUCCUUCAAAUGGUGAAAUUCAACGGAACAACUUCUGUGAUGAAGAUCUACACGGAGAUGAUUUACCAUUUUUAGAUGCUUAUUCUGAUCCACCUUCUGAUGAAACAAACCAUUCCGCGCCUAUUUCACAACAAUUGUCCACUCCUGCUCUCCUCCUAGUACUACUACCGCAUCAAAGGAAAACAAUAAAUUCCCGUCUAGUCAGCUUAAAGUACAAGCGAAAAUAUCCGCUUUACCUGAUUGGUCACCAAAACCAGGUGAAUUACCGAAUUCUAAAUUAGCUGCUCUUGAUCCUAAUCCAAAUUCCACACUGUCUAUGGACGAGGCUACAACAAGAGACAGUAAUGAAGCAGUAGCAGCAGAAGGCUGGCAUGCUGUUUUACCUCCUGCAUGGAUUCAUGUUGUCACUGGUGAUAUGUCCACUAUGUCACGCAAUCCUCCAGAGUCGGAUGAUCCUAAUCAAUUUGGACGGUUUAGUGAUGGAUAUAUCGCUGGAAUGCCUGCCAAGCGACGAAAGGUUAUGCAAGAUAAUUCAGGAUCUAUAUAUCAAUCACCAGAUCAAUUAUUCAUGGAAUGCCUGUCUGAUGCUGUAGCAGCAGCCAGUGACAAUGUCGGCAACAGAGAACAAGGCAUAGAGGAGAAAAAUUCACCUGGCUUGAGACGAUUACUACCCAGUGCAGACAAAGAAUUGAUUAACUCUUUUCGAGAUAUUGUAUCUGACCGGAUAACUGUACGCUUAAUGAAUGAUCCUGACUUUGAUACAGUCCAGUUUCCUACAGCUACUCAAACAUUUGUAAGGAAAGAUCCGAAGGCUUCAUCAUAACACUCUUUUGGGCUGGUGAUGCUUGAAUACUAAUGAUACUAAUACCAAUAAUGAUAAAUAUUACAAAACCAUUCGUACGAUUUUAUUCUUCUGCCUCUUCUACUACUUUGCACACACACACACAGUGUUGUGUGUUGUUCACUUCACAGUUUAAAAAUAGCCAAGUCUUAUGAUGAGGCGACGGCGGCGGCGCGGGGGGCAGGCUUUUUAAUGUGUUGUAUGUUUUUUAUUAUUACUUUUUAAUUUCGUAUUAUGUCAACUUCUGUUUAUCUUUACAAAAAAAUAUUAUUGAUUCUAUGAUGAAGGAGAAAAAGUUGUUUUUUAUUCACACACACACACACUUGUCUCCUUAUGAAUAUACGCCUAAAUAUAUAUAAAUAUACAUUGGUUGUCUG